GUAGAUUUCGCCCGCGCUGCACCACCCGGUGAAGUGAGCCUCUGAAGGCUCCGAGCCGUGGGGGUCCGGGCAGGUUUGGCUUCGAGCUCCGGGGGCCGUGGAAUUGGGUCGGAACAGCUCUCCGGAGACGCGGUGCGGUCGGACAAAGCCAACAUGGGGACCACAGCCCCAGGGCCCAUUCACCUGCUGGAGCUAUGUGACCAAAAGCUUAUGGACUUUGUCUGCAACAUAGAUGAUAAAGACAUGCUGUGGCUCCAGGAGAUUGAAGAGGAGGCCAAGCGCAUGUUCACCAGAGAAUUCAGCAAAGAGCCCGAGCUGAUGCCCAAGACUCCUUCUCAGAAGAACCGACAGAAGAAGAGACGUGUUUCUACUGUCCAGGAUGAAAAUAGAGACCCCAUCAGGAAAAGGUUGUCACGCAGAAAGACUCGGAGCAGCCAGCUAAGCACCCGACAACUCCGCAGCAGAGACAAGGUGGAGAAGCUGGCCACAGCAGUGGUGGAGAACGGCUCCCCUGUCCUGCGGCGGAUAACCAGGGCAGCUGCUGCAGCGGCAGUGGCGGCUUCUGUGCCAUCGGCUGCUCCUUUGCCCGCCUCUGAGUCUCCCACAGGACUGACCAAGAAGGCCAUGGUGAAGAUAGGCGUCAGUGACCGCCAGAGCGCAGAGAUGCACCUCACCGAGCUCAUAGCUGCCCUGCCUUUGUCAGAAGCUGGGUCUCCAACCCCAGCUUCUCAGGACAUCUUGAUUUCAGACAAAGAACUAACAUCCAAGAAAUCAGAGGCUGGGAGACUGGAGUCUGUUACAGUGAGCUCCCUGAUGACAACCCCCCAGGACCCUAAGAAUGGAGGGGCUGGGACCGGGCGAUCUGCCUCCAAGCUCAAGAUUGCUCAAGCUUCCCGGGACUCCACUGGCUCUCCGCAUUGUCUGCCAGACCGAGUGUUGGCCCCCAUCCUGCCAGAUAACUGCUCCACGGCCAACGGCUCCCGCAGGAGCACGCGGUCAUCGCGGCGUAGCCUGAUCCCUGCAGGGUCCCAAGUCUCGCUGGCCCAAAAGUACUCCCUGGCCCACAAGUACUCCCUGGUGGCCAAACAGGACCAAACCAGCCGCAGAUCAAGCAAAAGGCUUGCCAAGAAGGCCACCAAAGAGCCAGCUGCCUCUGCCCGCAUCAUCUGUCACAGUUACUUGGAGAGGCUCCUGAAUGUUGAGGUACCCCAGAAAGCUGGUCCUGAGCAGAAUCCCAGCAAGGAGGCUGAACCCAUAGAGGCAGCUGAGACCGAGGUCUCCAAGAAUGAUGAGAGCAUGUCGUGUACCAUCAGUACACCCAACGCGAAGCCUGUGGCAGGUGGGCAAGAAACGUCGCCUGAACAGCAGCAGAAGUCCAGGACUGACUCAGCAGAUGAACACAGAGAACCGCCCCAGAGCGUCAGGAGGAAACGUAGCUACAAGCAGGCGGUAAGUGAGCUGGAUGAGGAGAAUUUCCAGGAAGACGAGGAGUUGCAGCCCCCCAGGACCAAGACCCCUUCUCCACCCUGUCCAGCCAACAAGGUGGUGCGGCCCCUCCGGACCUUCUUGCAUACAGUACAGAAGAACCAGUUGCUCAUGACCCCUACCUCGGCCUCACGUAGCACCAUCAUGAAAUCCUUCAUUAAGCGCAACACUCCUCUGCACAUGGACCCCAAGUGCAGCUUUGUCGAGAAGGAGCGGCAGCGCCUGGAGAACCUUCGGCGGAAGGAGGUGGCAGAGCAGCUGCGCAGGCAGAAGGUGGAGGAGGACAAGCGACGGCGGCUGGAGGAAGUGAAGCUGAAGCGGGAAGAGCGCCUCCGCAAGGUGCUGCAGGCCCGAGAGCGGGUGCAACAGAUGAAGGAGGAGAAGAAGAAGCAGAUUGAGCAGAAGUUCGCUCAGCUCGAUGAGAAGACUGAGAAGGCCAAAGAGGAGCGGCUAGCAGAGGAGAAGGCCAAGAAGAAGGCUGCGGCCAAGAGGAUGGAAGAGAUGGAGGCCCGCAGGAAACAGGAGGAGGAGGCGCGCAGGCUCAAGUGGCUCCAACAGGAGGAGGAGGAGCGGCGCCACCAAGAGCUGCUGCAGAAGAAGAAGGAGGAGGAGGAGCAGGAGCGGCUACACAAGGCCGCCGAGGCCAGGCGGCUGGCAGAGCAGCGGGAGCGAGAAAGGCAGCAGGCCGAGCAGGAGCGACGGCGCCUGGAGCAAGAGCGGCUCCAGGCCGAGAGGGAGAAGGAGAAGGCCCUGCGGCUACAGAAGGAGCGGCUGCAGAAGGAACUGGAGGAGAAGAAGAAGCAGGAGGAGGCGCAGCGUCUGGUUGAGCAGCGGCUGCAGGAGGAGCAGAAGAAAGCCAAGGAGGAGGCUAGGGCUGGCAGAAAUCUGAAUGUGACCGUGGAUGUGCAGUCUCCAGUUUGUACCUCAUAUCCAAUGACUCCCCAAGGGCCUAAAAGCCACCCCAAAGUGAACUCAGAUAACUAUGGGAUGGAUCUGAAUAGUGAUGACUCCACUGAUGAUGAGGCCCAUCCCCGGAAGCCCAUCCCCUCCUGGGCCAGAGGCACCCAGCUCAGCCAGGCCAUCGUCCACCAGUACUAUCACCCCCCGAACCUUGCUGAGCUCUUCGGAACCAUUCUCCCCUUGGACCUGGAGGACAUCUUCAAGAAGAACAAGCCCCGCUACCACAAGCGCACCAGCUCUGCCGUCUGGAACUCGCCGCCCUUGCAGGGUCCCCGGGCCCCUAGCAGCCUGGCCUACAGCCUGAAGUACUGAGACGCGCACGCACUCAGCCCUCGUGGCAGCCUCAGGACCUGUCUGUGGCUGUCUGUCUGUCUGUUGUCUGUGUUUGGCCGGUGCCUUCCCACCUGCUCUGCUGCUGCUGAGGGCCCCGUCCAGUGGCCGUCACUGUCCUCUGGGGCAGGGUUGUGUCCUGCCUGGGGAAAGGUGGCCGCAGGCCCAUCGGGAGGAUGGGCUUGGGAGUGGUUCAAGAACUAGGAGCAGCCCCCACCAGUCCUCUGCAGCACUGUGUAUAUAGAUUCUUCUACUUCCUGUUGGAUUUUAGUUUCUAGUGUCUGAGAGGUAGAUUAAUAAAGUAUAUUCCUUGA